UACUGUCUUGGAAUUCAUGAGAUGGAAGCAUAGGUCAAAGCUGUUUGGAGAAAAUUGGAAGUACAUUUUUAUCUGGGCACAUAUCUAAGGAGAAAACAGUGGGCGUUGGAGGCUUUGUCAAGUGAUUGUGGCCUGCCACUAGAACACCUCCCUGAGAAGGUCACCCAAAGAUCAUUUGUUCAAGGUGACAGAGGACAGGCAACACUGAGGGUGAACAAUGACUCAGCCCUGUAUCUACCUUCGAUUACUGGGAGCCUACCUGUUCUUCCUUUCUCAUGUUCAAGGACAGAAUCUAGACAGUAUGCUCCAUGGCACUGGGGUAAAAUCGGAGUCCGACCAGAAGAAGUCAGAAAAUGGAGCCACCUUGGCCCCAGAGGACACGUUGCCUUUUUUGAAGUGCUAUUGCUCAGGACACUGCCCAGAUGAUGCGAUCAAUAACACAUGCAUAACUAAUGGACAUUGCUUUGCCAUCAUCGAAGAAGAUGACCAGGGAGAAACCACAUUGGCUUCGGGAUGUAUGAAAUAUGAAGGAUCUGACUUCCAGUGCAAGGAUUCACCCAAGGCCCAGCUGCGCAGGACAAUAGAAUGCUGCCGCACCCACCUGUGUAACCAGUAUCUACAGCCUACACUGCCCCCUGCUGUUGUAGGUCCGUUCUUCGAUGGCAGCGUUCGAUGGCUGGUUGUGCUUGUGUCCAUGGCUGUCUGUAUAGUUGCUAUGAUCAUCUUCUUCAGCUGCUUUUGUUACAAACAUUACUGUAAGAGCAUCUCCAGCAGGCGGCGCUAUAACCGUGACUUGGAACAGGAUGAAGCCUUUAUUCCAGUGGGCGAGUCAUUGAAGGACCUGAUUGACCAGUCACAGAGUUCCGGCAGUGGAUCUGGCCUGCCUUUGUUGGUUCAACGAACCAUUGCCAAACAGAUUCAGAUGGUGCGGCAAGUUGGUAAGGGCCGGUACGGAGAGGUGUGGAUGGGUAAAUGGCGUGGAGAGAAAGUAGCAGUCAAGGUGUUUUUCACCACGGAAGAAGCCAGCUGGUUCCGAGAAACAGAAAUCUACCAAACAGUGCUGAUGCGCCAUGAGAACAUACUCGGUUUCAUAGCAGCGGACAUUAAAGGUACAGGCUCCUGGACUCAGCUCUACCUGAUCACCGACUACCACGAGAAUGGCUCCCUCUACGACUUCCUGAAGUGUGCUACCCUGGACACCAGAGCGCUGCUCAAGUUGGCUUACUCGGCUGCCUGCGGCCUGUGCCACCUGCACACAGAGAUUUAUGGCACCCAAGGAAAGCCUGCCAUUGCCCAUCGUGACCUGAAGAGCAAAAACAUCCUCAUCAAGAAAAAUGGGAGCUGUUGUAUUGCUGACCUGGGCCUCGCUGUCAAAUUCAACAGUGAUACGAAUGAAGUUGACGUCCCCUUAAAUACCAGGGUAGGCACCAAACGCUACAUGGCUCCCGAGGUGCUGGACGAGAGCCUGAACAAGAACCACUUCCAGCCUUACAUCAUGGCCGACAUCUACAGCUUCGGCCUCAUCAUUUGGGAAAUGGCGCGCCGUUGUGUCACAGGAGGGAUAGUCGAAGAGUACCAGCUGCCAUAUUAUAACAUGGUGCCCAGUGACCCAUCAUAUGAGGAUAUGCGUGAGGUCGUGUGCGUCAAGAGGUUGCGGCCCAUUGUGUCAAACCGGUGGAACAGCGACGAAUGUCUGCGGGCCGUUCUGAAGCUCAUGUCAGAAUGCUGGGCCCACAACCCUGCCUCCAGGCUCACAGCACUGAGGAUCAAGAAGACACUUGCCAAGAUGGUCGAGUCACAGGAUGUGAAGAUCUGAGCACUGUGAGCAGUGCAGAGGCCAGGCCUGCACCGCAGGGGGCUGCGCCCAACCCGGGAUCGCUGGAGCCGCGUGGGACAAGGCCAUGCCCACACCACGCCUUCCCAGGCUGCUACUGUCACGUCCUUCUGUAUUCUAGAAUACAAGCGGAGAGCUUGUAGACACUUCAUUCUUUAUAUAUGGACAGCUGUGUUUUCAUUGUGGUAUUUGAUGCCUUUGUUUUUUUUUAAUUGGGUUUCUAUGGACAUCAAGACUUCAGUCCUGAUUCACGAGUCUCCUGUGAGACACUGUUCACUAGGUGGUGCUUUCCGUGAAAGCCUAAGAAGAGAAUUCAGCCGAGAUGGAGAACCACGCUUUGCCUUCUCUUGGAGGACGCUUAGCCUGUCCGGCACACUCACCUCUGGGUAGCAGCCUUGACAUGACAGCAGCUGGGAGACCCUCCUGGGGCUGUGGCAGUGUGUCAUGCCUGCCUGGAUCACCGAGGGAAUAGGAACUGCCUUGGGAGCUAGAAGAGCGUAAUACCCUCGUGCACAGGGAGACAUUGGCGGCUGGUGGCUUUGUGCUAUAACCAAGAGGCACCCUCCUCCCAAGAAGUGGGGCGCAUCACCCCCCACUCACAUCACCCGCUGGCGUCAGCGUUGGUGUGAAGACCAAAGUCUCAAGUGCCGGGGCACUGGGACUGUUUUCCUCCCGUCACCAUCUUUGUGGUUCUGGGGGGUGUUUUGCCAGGAGAAGCACCCUGUCUGAAGCUGGAGCUUCCAGGGCCACAAGCCAUGCUCACACAGCCAUGCCUGCGCAGAAAGCCUGGUUGCUGUGGUGCCAGUGCCUUCUGUGCUCCUCGUCCUCAGCCACUUUUAAAAGGGAAGUUAUUUGUUUUGUGUGUAAUGUGCUUUGCCUGCAGAACACCUGCUCCUUGACAGCCCACCCCAUCUCUCGCGUGUCCCUUCAUACUGCGGAAACCGGCCCACCGGCAGGGUAGGCACCUGAGCCAGCAGAACUGCAGGGGGGAUGUGCAGAGUGAAUGUAGCUGCGACCAGGAAGUGUGGCUGGGCUUGUUUGCUCCUGGCAGAGCUGUGUCAAGAUCUCAGUAUUCCUUUAUGAAAGGAGUCCCCCAUUAGAAACUGGGGUGUUGGAGCCGACGGAAGUCUGUGGGUAGCUGUCGAGUCCAGUGGGAUUUGAGACUUCCUGACUUUCGUUCCCCGACUUGUGAAGAGUUGGGACAAGGGCUCCAUGUCCCGUUACAGUGUGUGACUGCACUGCACAGCUGUCACUUCGUCGGUACCAUGUGUAGAAGCUGUCUCUAGGGAUGCCGCCAAGCUGCCCGUGCCACCUGUGCUGGCCAGCUCCUGGUCCAGACACACAGCUCGUGAGGGCAUCCUGUGAGAUGGUUUCUUUGGCAUGUGGUAUGAUGUAAUCUCACUAAUCCCACAUGGUCAGAAAGGUGUAAAUUAAACAGAGGCAGUUCACAGCAUAUGUGCUUAAAUUAUCAAAAAACCUGGCUGUCUUUUAAGGCUAAAACUCACACAUUUUAUCUACCUACACAUCACAUUUCACAAAUUGGAAACUUGCCUUAAGUGUUUGGGUUGCUCACUGUGUUUCAUCUAAGAUGCAUCCGAGUCUGAAGUGUCUGUGCACAGAAGUCAGUGUGCAUUUGAGAAUACCAGAUAACUUACCUUUUACAUACAGUCCCCGUCUGCAUAUCAAGAAGUGUAUCUGACUCAAAAUUGCCCUGUGGUUUGAAACACUUAGAUCUCAUUAACUUAGUCUAAAUUCAUCUUGAUUCAUUUUUUACUUGAUGAACUAAAAAUCUUGGUCAUCUUAGUAUAGCAAAUUUACUUCUGAAAGGCAGACUUUAUUCUUAGAAAUGAAAAACCUGGCAGAGUAGAUGAGAUGACUGUGGAAUGAGCCCACUGGGACUGGUGAGGGCGAUUCCAGGAACUCCCUGAAGAACCUGCUUCUUGAUAAAACACGUUUCCUAGGCUACCAGCCACCAGAUUUGAGAUCCUGAAAUCUAAAAAGAAAAUUACAUGAAGCUUACUACUUUGUCCCCAUCUUACUCUUGAAUUUGAAGUUCACCUAGUAAAAUGAAAGAACCUGUCAGCCAGUAACAGGAAACACUGCCUCUACCACUGCUACGAAUUUAUAAAACCCACAAAGUUCCAAAGUCGGCAUUUUACAAAUGCCUGCCUUCAGCCAGCCAUCCCAUUCAGUAAUUUAAACAUAAAAACAAAAACCUAACCUACCUGAUUGUGAAAACAGAGAGCCUUGGUGAGUUUUCUUUCUACUGCUGCACAGCUCCAGGAGGAAAGGUGCGUUGGGAUUUGCUUCUGUUUCUGAGGCAUAAGGUGGAGUCGGCCUCUUCAUGUGUCCGCAAGUGUUGAUAAAUGUGGCAGGUGGCCUUUCCUUGUGACCUGAGGAUCCCGUUGCCCUGCAGCAUGCCAGCCGGCUGCCCGAGCCACGCUGCACGGAGACUCGAGGCCUUGCUUUUCAGCUGCCACAGUUAGAGGACGAAGCCAGCACGGUUCUCAAAGAAUCUGGCAUCUCGAGGGAACCCCCAAGAUCAAAUCUGAUACUAAAUAAUUUAUUCCAAGGUGGAUUUUUUUUUUAACGUUACAAGGCAUUUCUUCUCAAACAUAUUGUUUUGAAUUAUAUCUAAACAUCUAAGACAUUUUCAGGCACAGAAAGAAGAGUUGCAGCUCUUGUAUUGUUGAAAACAGUGGCAGUGUUCACAAACAACUCAGGUCAGAUGUUAAAAUCGUCACAUCCUUGACUCGCGCUGUCUUGGGGGUCGCCAUGGAAACCACAGAGGGGAGUCCUGCCCGAAGGAGCAGAUGUCCCUGGGCACCACCGGCAGCCUCGUGUCGCGGCCGUCCCACGGGGAAGCGUGCGUCCGGCUUCCGCAAGGGUUAGCUCGCUGCACCCAUGCUCUGUCCUAUGCUUUCAAGUGGAAUUAUUUAAUCCCUUAGAGUGACCUUUGUGCUUUCCAUUUAAAAAUGAAAAUGUAGUAUAUACUGUAUAAAGUAAAGAUAUCAUUAUAGCCUAAUUAGGGAAACUGUACAUAGAUAUUGAAAGGGUAAAAAUGAGCAAUUUUAUUAUGCAAUUGUAAAACACCAAAACCAAGAGACUCAUCUUUGAUAUGUAACACACUAAAUGUAUUUUGUACAGCAUCUGGUCUGAAAGGUGCCUUAUUAAGUUUACCAUUAAUUGCUUUGUUCUAUAUACAGAUUAUGUCCAAUGUAUCAUUUUUAAGUAAAUAACCUUAUUUUAGUAUACUUA